GAUUUGCGCAUGUUCGUUAUGCAUGUUAUAAUAAAAUAGAGCAACAAAGUGAGUUUGUUGUUUAAAACUAAAUUAAUUUGCUAUGAGUGCUUUUAAAAUUUUAGUUGGGGUUAGCUUUUUUGGUGUUUUGUUGGUUGUUAAUGGAAAGAAUCAUCAUUUAAAGCAUACCGGAAAUCAUGAUAAAAGAAUUGUUGGUGGUGAAUUCACGUCUAUAAAGAAAUACCCGUAUCAAGUAGCAAUUGAACGAGAAAUAAUUAAAGAUUUUUUCUAUAAAUUCACUUGUGGUGGGUCCAUAAUCAGCGAACAACACAUUUUAACCGCCGCGCAUUGCAUAUUCAAGAAUUCAAGAGUAAGAAUAGGCACAUCAUCGAUUAUUAGUGUAUUUGCACAAACUGUAUUUGUUGAUGUAUAUUACAAACACCCAAACUACACCACUGUUGAUAAUGUAGCUUACAAUGAUAUAGCAAUUUUAAAACUAAAAUCGAAAAUAACAUUUAAUGAUAAAAAUAUAAACAAGAUUAAUCUUCCCGUUGCAAAUUCAGAACCAAAUUAUUCAAUUAAUGCCACAUUAACCGGCUGGGGGAUGUUCUUUCCGUACCUUCGGAUACCAAGUCUGUGGUUAAUGAAAGCCGAUGUGCCCAUAAUCAGCAACGAAGAUUGCGUCAAAUCUUGGGAAAAUUUAUCUCUUCCGACAACAAUAAGAGAAACUAAUUUAUGCACAUUAGUUAAAGGAGAUCCAAAAACUGCGUGUAGUGGUGAUUCUGGGGGUCCUUUAGUGCAAAAUAACACUUUAAUAGGAAUUGUUUCAUUCGGUAUUAAUAAUUGUGCAACUAGAGGUGCGCCCUCUGUUUACACGAAAGUAAGCAGAUUUGUUGAUUGGAUAUCUGAACAACUUAAAAAGUGAUUUAAAUAAAUUAAUUAAUAUUAACUCAAAAAAAAUAUGUUUUCAAAUAACCUAAACAAAUUAAAAUAGUUGCAAGUUCUGUUGAUAGAUAGUGCAACAAUUUAUAUCCUGUUAUUUCAAUAACGAAAACUAUAUUACCGGCCUUAAUAUGCGUACGUCAAAGCUAAGUUUGCGUAAUUUGCUAAACCUUGCAAAAC